ACGAAAAUCGGCCAUUUUACUCUCUAGAGCAUAGGGAGUUGGCCACGUUUACUAGCCUAGUAUUUCAUUUAAUAAAUAUUUUCAAGAUUAAAAAAAAAAAAAAAACUAUUUAGUGAUUUUAUAUGUGCUUAUAAUUUGGGAAUUUCAUAGUUAUUCAAUAGAGUGUUUUUUCCCUUGAUUAAAUAUAUUUAUUUGAAUUUACGAAAUAAUAAAUUUUCAAUGAUAAAAAUGGAAACAGAAAUACAAGAUAUUAUUAUUGAUGGUAGCACAAUGAUAGCUGGUGAAAUAUAUACACCACAAAAAUUAACACCAACUGGUAAAAUAAGCCAUGCUAAAACAAGAGUUUACACUCAACGUUAUAGAAAAGAGUGGGAAGAAAGUCCCGAAUUUAAAGGAUGGUUAACAUCAGUAGAAAAUGAACCAACUCGUGCUCUAUGUAAAUAUUGUGAUAAAAAUCUUCAUGCUCAUCGUUUAUCAUUAUUAAAACAUACAUGCACAUUGAAACAUACACGUGCAACAUUAUUACAUGCUGAAAAUUUAAAGAAAAGAAAAUUAAAAGCAAAAGCAAGAACAAUUAAAACUGAAAAUCCAAUGAUGUUAAUUGAAGAAGUUGACUUGGGUACAUUAAAAAGAAGUAUGUCUGGUGAUGAGGAAGAAGAAGAAGUAGCAGAAACAGAUGAACUUGUUUUUGAUGAAGAAAGAUUAGAUGAUGAAGAUGAUGGUGACAUGGAUGUUGAUGGUGGUAUUGAUAUUCUUGAUGAUGAUGACGAAGAUGAUGGUACACAAAAUAAUGAUGAUUCCCAAAAUAUUGAUGACAUGCAAUUAGAAAUACAUGAUGAAAAUGAUGAAAAUUCUGAUUCUUGUGUAUUACGUGUUGAAUCAGAAGAUGAUGAUAAUAAUAAUGAUGAUAAUAAUGAUAAGAUAAUGAUUGAUAAAUCAAAAAUUAAAACAGAAAUUAUACAUACUGAUACAUUGGCACAGGCAAUGGCAGAUGUACAUGGUAUUACUGAUAAUGAUGAAGAAAUAAGUGACAAUAUUCAUGCUGUUAUUGACCAUGAUAUUGAUGAUAAUACAACAUUAUUAAAUGAUGAAAAUACAACAAUUUUAUCUGAUCAUAAUGUUACCAAUGAAACAACAGUAUCAACAUCAUCACCAGUUAAAUCAAGUGAUGAUAACAAUUCUAUUACAAAUAAAACAAAUCAAGAUAAUAAAAAAUCAACAAAUAAUGAUAAAAAAAUUGAUACAAAAGUAAUUAAAAAAAUAUUAACAAAAACAAAAGGUGGUAUGCAAUUUCAACGAUUUUCAUUUAAUGGAAAAACAUAUAAUUUUCCAUCUGGACAAUUGGCACCAAAUACACAAUUGUUAUUAGCAAAUGCAAUUAAUAAAAAUAAUAUAACAUCAAUAACAUUACCAGCUUCAUCAAAAACAGGUUGUUUACGUCCAAUUGCACCAAAAGUUAAUAAACCAAUAUUUGUCACAACACCAGUUAGUUCUUCGUCAAGUAAAAUAUUAACAAAACAAAUUAAUACUAUUAAAAGAAAUAAUGAUAUUGGAAAUACUAUUGAAUUUUUAACAACUCAUGUUGUUGACACAAGCAAAGGUAUUCCAGCAAAUAGUAUGCGUAUUUGUUUGUACAAAUUAACUGAUGGACGUUGGAGUUUUGUCAAUGAAAGUAUAACAACAGCAAGUGGUAACUGCAUAGAUAUUGGAAAAACAAUAAAACCAUCUGCUGGACGUUAUAAACUACAAUUUGAUACUGAAAAAUAUUUUUCAGCUAAAAGAGUUGAAACAUUGUAUCCAUUUGUUGAAAUUGUAGUUGAUGUUAAAAAUCCAAAUAGUAAUUAUCAUUUAGAAUUGUCUGUUAGUCCAUUUGGAUAUUCAACUUGCAGAGGAAAUAGCAGAUAAUUUAAACAUAUUUUGUUUAUUUUUUGUCAGUUAAAUUAAUAGUGUUUAUUAUAUGAUAGAUUAAUUUUGAGAAAUAAAUUCUUUUGCUUUUUGUUUUUAUUAUUCUAACUGAUUAGUAAUUACAUUUAAUUAUUAGUAUAAAAAUGCUAUUGUAAAUUAAAAUAAUUCUUUAAAUAUUUAAGUAUUUUUGUAAAAAUAAAUAAUUCAUUGAUAAAUAAAUACUUAAA